CCAGUAGCUCUGCCCAGAUGUGUUGUUCGCCCAAAUAGGGCUGCCCAAGGUUGGGGCGUAACAUAUGGGGGCUCGUCCGGGAUAGAACGUCCAUGAGAUGAGUGCUUUCCUCCAGCAGCCACCAACACACACUUGACCUUUCACCUUUGUACAGGAGCUUUAAAAGGAGUGGUUCUCGCUCUCCAGUAUUUAUCCAGACACCUCAGCGUGUUACUCAGUGCGCUCUCUUCUCAACACAAACAUGGCAACAGAUUUCUCCAAGAACGCGUUGGAGAGCCCGGAGCCCUGCAAGGCAGAAGUGAAAGGGACAAUACCCAGCUGGCUGCAAGGCACGCUGCUGCGUAAUGGCCCAGGCAUCUUCACUGUUGGAGACACCACCUACGACCACUGGUUUGAUGGGAUGGCCAUCAUGAGCAGCUUCACCUUUAAAGAUGGUGAAGUGACCCACAGAAGCAGAUUUUUGAAAAGUGACACCUACAAUGCUAACAUGGCUGCAAACAGGAUAGUUGUGUCUGAAAUGGGGACAAUGGCCUACCCAGACCCAAGCAAGAACUUCAUUGUCAAGGCGAUUACCUUUAUCAACCACACAGUGCCAGACUUCACUGACAACGGUGCAAGCAACUUCAUCAAAUACGGAAAGGACUACUACGCCACCUCUGAAACCAACUACAUCCGCAAGAUUGAUCCCGUGACACUGGAAACUCAGGACAAGGUGGACUACAUGAAGUUCCUGCCGGUGAACUUGGUUUCGUCCCAUCCGCACUACGACAAAGAGGGCAAUGCCUACAACAUCGGAACCACAAUAGCAGAUAAGGGCAAGACCAAAUAUAUACUGUUCAAAGUCCCCGCUGUUUCAGAGAAAGCUUCAGACAAAGGCAAGAACGCCCCCGCGCUGAAGAACGUGGAGGUCGUCUGCACAAUUCCCUGCCGCUCCAUGCUCACACCCAGCUACUACCACAGCUUCGGCAUGACGGACAACUACUUCAUUUUCAUCGAGCAGCCUUUCAAACUGGACAUCCUCAAGAUGGCCACUGCGUACAUGAGGGGAGUCAACUGGGCGAGCUGCCUCAAGUUCUGCCCUGAGGAAAAUACACUGAUCCACCUGAUAGACAGGAAGACUGGCAAAGUGAUCGAGACAAAGUACUACACGGGACCAAUGGUCGUCUACCAUCACGUGAAUGCUUUCGAGGACGACGGACACGUUAUCUUUGAUGUAAUCGCCUACAGUGAUAACAGCCUUUAUAAUAUGUUCUACCUGAGCAAGCUGAAGGAAAACCCCGGAUUCCACGAUGACAGCUACUCGAAACCAAGCUACAAACGAUUCGCACUUCCUGUCCAGUCAGACAAGGGCGUGGCAGUUGGAGAGGACCUGGUGAAACUCAAGUACACGACAGCCAGUGCUGUGAAGGAGAAGGAAGGCAAACUGUUGGUCCAGGCAGAGGUGUUCUGUGAAGGUUUCGAAUUACCCAGAAUGAACUAUGACCUCAACGGAAAGAGGCACCAGUUCGUCUAUGGGAACUGCGUGGAGGAGUCCGCAUUGGCAAAUGAGAUUGCGAAGCUUGACACAGAAACCAAGGAAAGGGUUUACUGGAGGGAUGAAAACUGCUGGCCGUCAGAGCCCGUGUUCAUCCCCAGACCAAAUGGAGAGUCGGAAGAUGACGGUGUGGUCCUCUCAUCAGUUAUCAACACCAACCCAGGCCAGUCUAGUUUUAUGCUGAUUCUCGACGCCAGAACAUUCAAAGAAGUAGCCCGAGCAUACGUGAAAGCUGAGCUCCACAAGGAUGUGCAUGGUUAUUUUAUCCCACUAGAAAAUUAGUCAGUUGUGUACAUGUAAAACUGUGCUGUAAAAAACACACUGCUGAAUAGUGUUGUGUGUUAGACAAAAGUGUUAUGAGGAUGUACGUGGAUUCAUGACCUGCCUCAUCUCAGUAAAAUUAUAGGGAUUGUAUCAAAACAAAUUGGAGAUUUCUUGAUUUUGCAUGGAUCAAAAUGUCGCUUAAAAGCAUGUGUGUGUGUGUGUAUAUAUAUAUAUAUAUAUAUAUAUAUACAGUAUAUAUACAGUAUAUAUCACUGUUUGUUAUGUAGUCCAGGUUAUUUUAUUGUACUGCUCUGAGAUCAUUGUACUUGUGCUCAUUCUUUUCAUUAAAAAAAUAAAAUGAAACAUGUAAAGUU